AUGGCACUCAGCACAUCACCUCGCAAGGUGAUACCCCUUGCCACUGGCGACGAGACAAGGCAUCGACAAGAGCCUAUUAGCCCCGGACUGUCAACAAAGCGCGUAUUUUUCUGCGGAGUGGUCGUCGAAGGUUCAGAAAGCGGAAGGAGACUGCCCGAAGAUGCGAAUAUUUUAUCAUCUGAGGGAGAUGGACAGGCAAGUGACUCGAAUGGUAUGCCCCGGAAACGCGCACUCACAGAUUCGUCGGCUCUCUCUGCUGUUAUUAGCGAACUGGUUUCUACCGAGAAAUCCUAUGUUAGGCGCCUUCAGAUACUCAAGAAUGACUACGCCGAUCCAUUACGGAACUUUGCAAAGAGCAAGAGCACCGCCAUCCUUCCUGCGUAUGAAGCGAAAACGCUUUUUGGCAAUAUUGAUAAUCUUCUGCCUGUUAACGAAGCCUUCCUUACGGACCUCGAGAAGAUGAUGGCUCCAAAUGGACCCAAAACUGUUGGCGGUGUGGGCGAUGUGGCACUCCGUCAUUUCAAGCAGCUUAGAGGGUUUGAACAGUACAAGCAGUACUACGUGAAAAGGGAGGACGCGCAGAUGAUAUUUGAGAGGGAGGUUUCACGAAGAUCAUCGCCCUUCGCGGCCUACAUCGAUCGAAUAAAAUAUCAGUCAGCGGACACGAAAAACCGUGUUGGACUUCGAGAACUUCUCAUGGACCCUGUUCAACGGAUACCUAGGUAUACGCUGAUGUUCCGCAUCAUGAUCAAGCAUAUGUCACCUAGUGACCCACAGCGAGCGAAGCUCAUAGAGGCUGACGAGAUCGCUAGCAAAAUUGCUUUGGCAGAAACGGAUGAACAAACAAAGCGCGCGUCAAUAUUCUAUUGUUUGAGCUCAAAUAUCCACGAAUUCCCACCCGAUUUAUUCUCUAACUCUCGCCGCUUCAUCGAUUGCAUAGAUGUUGAGGAUGUCGUUUCAGACACCCCUAGUUCAUCAUCGGCAUCCGUUGCCAAUUUAUCAGCGGUGUCCUUGCAUUGUUCUCUUAUUUUGUUCGAUGACAAAUUGCUGAUAGUCAAGCGGCCUGGUAACGGAGAGAAAGGGUGUCGUGUACUAGCAGGUUUGGAUGACUUGGACAAGGUCACCAAAGCUAGUGGAAUGGGAAAUGGGAGAAGGAAGAAUGGUAUGACUUGCAAGGGGGUUGUUGAUAUUACUGAAGUUGCUGCGGCCGAUGUUGGGGGCGCUGAUUUUCAUUUAUACUUGGAAAAUCCUCCUCAAGAUCAAACUGAUCGCUGGUCCAAUCGCCCCCUUCGUUGUUUGUCUGUUGUACACUCACCGUCCUCUGUCAACCUUGUCCCAUCAUCUACUGAAAGCGACAAGGCUCGCUUCUUAGAAAAUUUGUGGAACGCCCAAGCCAAGUACCGGGCUAGGGCUGGCCAGUCUGUGGUGCUUCGUUCCAAUGAGAUUGAGGUCGAUUCGAAGAGUACAAAAACCACGGUGGCCAGAACAUAUUAUAAUGUGUAUCAACGGAAGGCUUUCCUUCAGGAGUUGAAGAAAACGAAAAUUGUUGUUCAUAUUGACGCUAACGGAUCUGCUGAUAGGCUCCCCUUUGGCAUUGGCAGUCCACCCUUUGCUAUCAUACGGUUACAGCCUCUUCCUGGUGGUGUAUGUCGAUACAAGGUAACAUCAAGUGAUCCUUCCGAUCAGGGAGAAGAAGAUAUUGUUCAGACUGCGCGUGUUCCUGAUCGUAUAAUUCUUACGAUCCAUCAAUAUGGUCUGUUCGAAUUCCGUUCAGGGAGGAAUUCAAGGCCUUCGACACCUACUGCACGUUCUAAGGCAUCUAUCUUCGGCCUGGAUGUUAUCUCUCGUAAUCUCUUCAAUUCCCGGCCAGCUUCGUCUGUUGGAGAUUUCUUCGCUGGUUCAAUUAACAGCCAUAGGCGCUCUAAAUCGACUACCAGUCAUUCAUCGACAUACACCCAUACUACAACGACAGGCGACGAUAGUAUAGGGAGAUUUUCGCAGCGAUCCACUACGACGCUGGCCACUUCCGUGGACGAUGAUUCCUUCCGUUCAAAAUCAUCUACCAAGCGCUCCAUCCGAAGAGGCAUGUCUCCAGCUAACUCUUUCGAACGAGGUUCGAGUAGGAGCCUGUCAAGAGCUUCUUCAUCUCGGUCAACGUCGAGGGGGGGCGACUCUGAUUACAGCGACCUUGAGGAUGAAGAUCCCUCUUUGAUGGACAACAUUCGCCACCUCGAUGCCUCAGAGCGCAAUUUGGUGUUGCAGCUAAGAUUGGCUAGGAAGAAUAGCAAGAACCAGAAUGAGAGGCAGUCAGCGGUACCUCUGGUCACACCCUCCGAAGAAGCGAUCUAUGAAGAAGAGCCCCCUCAGCCUGAUCCAAUACCGAAAAUCCUCGCCAGUCACGAUCUCUUCAUGUCGCUGAGAAUCGCCCUAUGGGUCCUAGAAGCCCAUCUCCAUUACCUCCCUCUAAAAGCCGCCCUCCUUCUCCCUAGUUUAUCCAGAGAAACCGAUUCCGACUCAGGCUCAUCUUGUCCUUCGACACCUUCUCGUUCCACAGGAAUUCCCCGUAGUAGGCGCCAACCAUUUUAUCCGACAGGAAACACCGAUGCAACUCCGAGACCGCAUAGUAAUCAAACCUCCGUGGUUGAACCACUCUCCAUUAAGAAGAAACCUCUCGCCCGUUCGGCUACUAAUGCGACGACAACAACAACGCACUCCACAUCUACAGCGACGCGCUCGGCAACAUACUCGGACUCAGGCCACUCAAGUCAUUCUAGUCACUCGAGGCCUUCUAGUAGCUCAAGUGCAUCGUCAUCAAAUCACUCCAGCUACCCAAGCAACGAAAUAAAUACGACGCCUGUUGCACCCACGCGCAAGACUCACGGAUCUCCAUUGUCUAGAUCACAUGCAAGAAGGACGUCUCCUAGACGAACUGCUACUCAAAUCCGUGCCCCGACUCCUGCCAUGUCCGAUGGUUUGCAGGGCGUCGACAUGGACGAGGUACUAAAAAUGUCUUGUGUGACGAAAGAAGACCUCAUCGUGCGGUCAAGCGAAUCAAACUUGAAGUUGAGAACCUUCGUUCUGCAACAGCCAAAGCGCGACGGAGAGUCCAUCUCAAGGCCUUCGUCACCUGUGAAAGGCUUUUCUACGCCCCAGCGUCCUCCUCCAUUGACAAAGGCAGCCCAGGAACGUUUGAAUGAGAUGCGUACGUUAAUAAGUCAACGUACUGGCGACAACACGCCAGUAAAUCGCGCUCGGAAUAGUGUCUUCGAUACGCCUUUCCGAUCUGCCACUCCCGUAGCUGAUAAUAGUCUCAGUUUCAAUACUCUGGAUUCGCUAAUAUCAGAUGCCGAGGGAAGUCUUUCGCGAGGAAUCUCCAAUUGUGAAAACUUGAAGGCAUCCCUUGACGAGGUGCCUUCUGUACUGGCAGAGAAAACCAGGGAACUUGAGAAGUCCAAAGUCGAAGCACAGAAUAUACGGCGGCAAUGCGAGGUUAUGAAGAGUUUACUGGACGAUGCCACAACAGAGAGAGAGAUUCUGUAUGAGGCUUUCAAUGAAGAGUUGGAUGGUAUGUUUAAUGAUGUCAACCUUCCUGAAGACGAAGCUUGGAUAGCUAUGUCGAACGAUCUCCGGAAAACGAAGGAAGCAAGAAACGCCUUGUCAAAAGAGAAUUCGUAUCUCAAGAGACAAUUGGCGGAGGCCGAGCUGAAGCAAGAAGAAUGGGCGACUUUGUUGCGCAGUCACGGUCUGAUACCUUAG